CCGCUCGCUUCUCUUUCUCUUCCGGUUGUCGCCUGUUCGUGUGGCAGAUAGUACGGAGUCAAAAUGGCAAAGUCAAAGAAUCACACAACUCACAACCAGGCUCGCAAACACCACAGGAAUGGCAUCAAGAAGCCCCGAACUCCACGUUUUGAGUCUCUAAAGGGGGUUGAUCCCAAGUUCCUGAGGAACAUGCGCUUUGCCAAGAAACACAACAAGAAAGGCCUGAAGGCAGCGAGGAAGGCUGCAGCAGCAACAGCGGCGGCAGCAGCAGCAACAGCGCAAGAGAAAUGAUCAUCUAGGCUGCCUAUAGAUUGUUUCCAUCAAAAUAAAGCUUUGCUUUGUGAAUAAAUGUUUCCUUUCUAUCA